AGAAGCAGGCGGGAGGUAUUUGUUCAGCUCUGGCAAAACAUCAUCGACCUUGUUCCUCGCCCUGUUUUUUUAUCAUCUAUUUUGUCGGAUUCAUGAAACAGUGUCUUUUUUGGUUUGUUUUUCUGCACAACAUAAGGUGAACCGCGAACAAAGAUGAGCCUCGGGCCGUGUCAGCAGCAGGAGGAGAUGCCUCCAGCUGAGGUCCAGACGGUUACAGAGAGUGAUUCUGACAGCGGCAUUGGCUUUCCGUCUGAAGUCAAUGCCCGUAAUCGAGACAAGCAACCAGAUGAUGAUGACGAGGAUGUGACCAUUCGCAAGAAACCCAAAAGAAAAGCAGUCAUUGACAGUGAUGACGAGGAUCAAGCUGAAGAGGCCAACGUUCCCAAAGCCCUGCCAGCUUCCAGUGAAGAUGAAGAGAAAAGAGAGGAGGAAGCCCCAAAGAGCAAGAAGAAGCGGAAGAAAUCGAAGAAAAGUCGUUCACGUUCUGCUGAGGAUGUUCCUCAUCCUGGGCCCUUGAACGACAGCGGGUGUCUUCUGGGUGACACAGACCUUUUUGAUGCUGGUCUGGAUGAUGAGCAGGAGGAGGAAGAAUCUCUGGAAGCCAUCCGAGCAGCAGUCAAGCAAAAGCUCAAAAAGCGCAAGGAAUCCCACCUGAAUGGUGAGGAAGAUGAAGAGGAAGGCAAGCCUGAGAAACCUCAUCGAGAGGAGAGAAAAGCUGCACGUGCGAGCAAAGAGGCAAUGAAGCAGCUCCACAGUGAAUCUCAGAGGCUGAUCAGAGAGGGUUCGCUUGGCCUGCCUUACCACAUGCCUGAGCCAAAGAGCAUCAGUGAGUUUUUCAAGAAAAGAGCCCGGCCUGAAGGCCCGGCCAUGGCGCUGCUGAAAUCAUCAAAGUACUCGGCCAUGAUGUUAGAGACAACACCAGCUCCCUCUGAAAAAGUUGAGACUCCAGCCAGUGUGACCAGUCAACCCCUGACAGCAGAGCCUGAAUCUUCUUCAUCCUCCCUGGAUGUCUCCACUAAUCCAAUUCAGCCCAUACCUCACCCCUCUGCCACGUCAUCACCGCAACAAGAACCCCUCAGUCAGCCGAGAGAGGUCCACUCCGAGUCUGACCAGGACUCUGCUCCGAUGCUUUUCCUGUCUGAGAGCCUGCAGGAGUCUGUUACUGCAGACGCUGAACUCACCAAAGACCCUCCUUCUGCCCGGCCAGAACUUCAUCAGACAGAACCUUUGUUAAAUGCAGAGGUCCAACAGGUCGAAGCAGGAUCAGUGUUUGGCUCCACAGAAUGUGCUUUAGAACCUCCCUUACAGCUUAUCAGUAAACCUAAGAAGGACAAACUGACAAGACUCAGAGAACUUGGACUGGACCCCCCGCCUGUGGCGAAACUGGUCGCAGAGGAUGGAGCUUUCAUUCAGCUUGAGCCUCCAGCUCUCAACCCUGGUGUUAAUGCGCUGAAAGAGCGAUACCUUCGCCAUGUCCAAGCACCAGCUCGUCCACAAGUAGAGCGAACAAUGCAGCUGGACAUCAUACGCAAAGACAGCACACCAGCGGGUGAGGAGUUGCUGAAAGAGUCAGUCACAGUGACUGUCAAAGAAGCCGCAGAGAAACCGGCAGUCACCAAGCCUGGAGCAAAGCUGCUGACUCUGAAGCAGAAACUGCAGCUGGCCAUGGCGCAGAAAAGGAAGGAGGAGCGGGCUCGCAAGGCUGAGCUGAACCGUCUGGACAACGAAGACUGCGGUGAAGAAGAGGAGGAGGAAGACAUGACUGAGUCAGAGGAAGAGGAGGGAGUUGACGACUUGCUGGGGGGCAAAGACGAUGAAGGAGAGGAUGAAGACGACGGCAGCGUAGCUGAGAGGGCCCACUGUCCAUCACCGUUAGUUCUGAUCGGUCCCUCUCCAGUUCCCGACCUGGUCAACACAGACGGAACUCUCAUGCUGUUUCCUGGCAACUCCUGUUCGCGCACUGUUGAUGGCGUCAGGAGGUCGGGUCCAUCUGGACAGGACAGCAGUAGUAAGCUAGAAGAGGACGACUCUUUGUCUCUAAAAGAUAACAGUCACAACAGCAGCUUCGAGCUGGUCGGCUCCAUGAUCACUUCUUACCAGCCGGUCAGCAGCCAGCGUCCAGGGAAAGGAGCCUCUAACUCGUCCAUGUUCCGCUCUCCCUCCCCCUGCCUGUUCAGACCCAGUUUCCUUGGCUCAGCCUCAAAGAGUUCUGGGAAGCUCUCCGAGCCUUCUCUCUGCCUCCCAGUUGAAGACUCACAAGACCUCUAUGCCCCGCCCUCCCCGAGCAACGACUCUGGACCCCUGGCUGAAAACGUAGCUGGGCCAGUCCUUGGUGGGGACUCUCAGGGACGUUUCUCUCUGGAGGACGACACUCACUCACAAGUGCUGGAUGCGGACGGGUUCCUCAAUGUGGGACCCCGUCGUAGAAAUCCCCAGUCCCACAAGCGGCAGCUUAUCCUGGACAGCAUGGAUGAAAACGCUAUGGAUGCCAACAUGGGGGAGCUGCUGGGUUUGUGUUCCGGAGUGUUCGGGGGGGAUGAAGAUGCUAGUGGAGAUCUGGCCAAAGGCCCGACAGAGUCACAGGAGGACGAGAUGCUGGGUCUUUGCUCAGGGGCUUUUCCAACGACUCAAGCUGCAAGUCAGCCGAUGGAACUCAUUGAGGUGGGGCGAGAUGGAGAUUCAGAGAGCCUGGAACAACUAAUGCACCUGUGUUCAGGAAAAUUCCCAAGUCAAGCAGGUUCCCCAAACGCAGUGUCUCCAGCGAAAGAGAGUGAAAAGGAUGAAGAGGAGGGUGAGGAAGAGGAGGAUUGCGAGUUCCGUCUUCUCUCGGAUGUGGAGGAGGAUGAUGAUGAUGAUGAUGAUGGCGACGGCGGUGAUGAUGAUAUUGAAGAUGAAGACGAAGUGGGCAAUGAAAUCGAAGAGGAAGAGAUGAAGGGUGUUUUUGCUCCAAGGGUGAUGAAGAAGAAGAAAAAGAAGAAAAUGAGGUUGACAGACUACGUCGAUUCUGAGGCUGAGCUGUCGGGGAGCGAUGUAGGAAGCGGUGACGAAGACGAUGAUGGCGGGAGUGAGUACGAAGAAGAAGAGAUUCUUGAGGAGCUUCCGUCUGAUGAAGAACUCCAGGACCAAGUGAAUAAGAUCCACAUGAAGCAGAUAAUGGAUGACGACAAACGGCGUCUGAGACUCUACCAGGAGCGUUACCUGGCGGAUGGCGAUUUGCACUCUGAUGGCCCGGGAAGAGCUCGCCGCUUCCGAUGGAAAAACAUUGACGAUGGCUUCGAUGCGGACAGAACAGGCCUUGGUGGCGAAGAGGAAGAGGAGGAUGAAGAAGUGGACUUGACUGAGGUUCAGAGGAGGAAGGAGAGGCUGGAGAGAGAGCAGUGGCUCCGAGAGCAGUCCCAGCAGGGCAGCAAGAAAACAGACCGUCCAGCGGCUGAUGAAGAUGACGACGACGAUGAUGAUGAUGAAGACAAAAUUGGGGAGGAAGACAGUCGUUUCAUGAAGCUGGCCAAGAAGCUGACCGCCAAGACUCUUCACAAGAAAGUCUUGAACCCAGAACCUGCUGUGGCACCACAACAAGAAAAGACGUCAGCCAUCAUCAACCCCUUCCAGAGACCGUCGCAACUAUCAAAGGUGAAGCGCGGCUCCCUCCUCAGCCAACCUCGCUCCGUCCUGCAGAAACUCGCAUCCAUAUCGGAGGGCAAUCCUCUGGCGCCAAGGAACAGCCGAGGCUUCUUGUUCCAGACGUUGUCUCCUGAGAAAGAGAGCACGACGGCAGACGUGACGAAAAAGCAGAUAAUGAAGAAGAGGGGUCCAGUUGGUGGUAUGAAUCCUGCGGCCAAACGUGUCUGCAGAGAGAACAAGCCGACGACAGGACCCCCGAGGAGCAUUUUCAGCUUCCUGGAGCGCUGAUGUCACAGCAAACAUCAGCAGCACGCGGCACAGGCCAGUUUCAAACAGGCCAGUGGGACUUCAAUUGUCCAUUAUUUUGUGUAUAUUUUGGUCUUUUUGUUUACUCUGUAAAUACAAAUGUUCUUUUUAACUGCUAUCGAAGGGAAAUCUCAUUAGCGUUUACUUGAGUUUUAAUCACUUUGUUUACACUAAUGUCGUGAUUGGCUGAGACGCGUUUCAACCUAUUGCAGAUGUGUUUGGAUUAAAUAACGUUAAAUAUAUUUGAAUGUCUUUUAAAUGCCUUUUAAAAGUUUUACGAGUGUGUGUGUGUUUAAUAAA